AUGCCAAAAGAUGCCACUGAAGCUGUAUUACUGGCAUAUUUUGAAGAAUUGUUAGAAACGUAUAGUCCGAAUUCUUUAUGGACUAAAUGGUCAAUACUAAAAUCGAAAGUGAAUAUACAUGAGAAACGAGAUAUCGCCAAGUUCAAUGAACUAGAGGCUUUUUUGAAACGGAAGAGUAAGAGUUAUAAGCCGAAAAAGUCUGCUGUUUUAUCUCCUAAUGAUGUUAUCGGAUUUCUAAAGAAUGCUCCUAAUGAAAUUCAUUUAUUGCAUAAGGUUGUUUUGAUUAUGGGUUAUUUUGGAGGAUGCAGAAGUCAGGAACUUUUGAAUAUGAAGAUAUCGGAUAUAGAGGACCGGGAUUCCGUUAUGGUAGUGAACGUACCGGAAAGUAAAACUGGUGUAUCGAAGAAAUUUACAAUUGUGGAUGAAAAAGAGUUCUCUGCUUUGCCUUUAUGA